GUGCGGUUCUGAGUGUUGUGUUUCUCGGGUUCCGUCGUUUCUCGAUUCAUUGAUCGCGGUCUUGGAUGAACGAAACAGUCAUGGCCAACACGCCAGAUGAUCUACGCCAGCGUAUUCCCAGCUGGUCUCUCGAAUCGGACGGGCAGCUGCUGCAAUAUAUGAUUGCGAUUGCAAAGAAUCUCGAGGAAAAAUGCACCAAAACACGCGAUAGCCUAAAUAGUCUGAUGGUACAGGUGGAUCAAACGGAGGUGAAGCUAGCACACACCACCAACCAGUUGUCCGCCGUAGAGCAAGUGAAGUUUGUCGAGAACCGAGUCGAAGAGGACGACGAAAGCUUCUACGGGUUGCGGCGCCGGAGACAGGUGGACGUGGACAGGGAAAAGGCGACAAAUAGCGAUCCGGAGCGAUCGUUGGACGAUAUGAUUCAGCUGGCAGUAGACCGCUCGAUCGAGGGAAUGUACGACUGCUACGAGAAGGUGACCCUCAAACUAGAUAGUGACUCUAGUGACGAUGAUGAUCAGGAGCCCCAACGGGGACAGUCGGUUGAUCCAGUCGUCGGCGGUGGUAAGCCAUCGGUAAUGAGAGCCAUUCCGAGGUACUCGUUCAUUGAGCGGCCGCUACCGCACGUGAUUGGCUCGAAAGAAUGGCACAGCAAGUGGCACGUCGGACUGAUUGAUUCGGAAGACGAAUCCAAUUCCGACCGUAAAGAGGAGUACUCCGAGUCGUCCAGUGACACGGAUGGAAUGUUUCCGUCGCAGCCGAACAGCAAAAAUCACACACCGUCAGAGUCGGAAAGCUCGAUCUGGGGGACGGAAACGCGAAAGCGAACACACUCGAUGGACCCGAGCAACGACGAGGGCUCGUCAGUGUAUUCGUACGGUAGCUCAUCCAAACCACGGCUCUUUCCUGUGCCUCAGCGAGCACCGGCUCCAAUCGCCACGAACCGUCUGAAACCUCCGGGUCUCUUUCCCGAGGAACCGCCGGAAGAAGAGCCUUCGGAAGCUGCUCGAAAACCGGUCGAAAAGGGUCUGUUCGAUGAUUCACCAGAAGAGGAAGACGAUAUGUUGCCAACGCCAGUGCCAGAGACAUCGCAAGGGCAAGUUGUUGCCAAUCGAGAUCGCUUCUUUCGUCCGCCUGCUCAACCAACACGCAAAACGGUCAAUCUUUUCGAUGAUGAACCGCCUCCGGUAACGAAUCAGGAGCAACCAUACGUCGCAGAACAAAAGCGUUCGAUAAAUCUGUUCGUUGAAAGUGAGGACGAGAGUGAAUCGGUAGAAAAUAUGCGCAACAACAACACCGCCAGUGACCGAAAAUCGAUUUCCGACCUACCAGCUAAGCAAGUGAACGAUCGGCAUCGGAUCACUUCGAAACUGGGAAGCAGCUCCGCACUUUCGCCUCAAGCUGCUGAUCCCCGUGCGAUGACGAAAUUGGUCGAUGAACUGAACAACAACUUUCAAAAGCAACAGCAACCGGUCCCGAUCGGAAGGGAAACGGUUAGCGCAACCCCCCGAGAGCAACGUUCCAAUCUGUUCGACGAUGAACAUCCAGAAGAUCAAUUCGAUAAAUUGUUUGCCAAGUCCGUCGCAGCGGUGCAACCGGCGCCCCGAAAACAACCGGAACAACCAACACCUGCCAGUCGAUCGAGAGAUUCGACCAGAAAGCCGGUUGUGAACUUGUUUGCGGAUGAUAAUGAUAGCGAUGACGAUGCUAUUGUGGUGGGUAGCAGUGAAAAGCCAACGCCAACCAUCGCAAGAUCUGCCUCUUUGGUGAGUCCUAAUCGCCUGACACUACCCACGGUAACCAGCGAUCGGGUGACGAUCAAGAAAAAGUCUAUCUUCGAUGAGUCUGACUCGGACGGCGACGAUGCCACGCUUUUCGGUCCAAACAGCAAGCCAGCAAGCAUGAACACCACUACUGUUAAGGAUUCGAGCAAAAUCCCGGCAUCGGCUGUACCCGUAGAAGUCAUAAAGAAACCAGAAAAAUCCAUUUUCAGUGACAGCUCCGAAGAGGAAGAUGACGAUGAUACGCUUUUUGGGAAUUCUUCCAACAUCGUGAAAAACAAGCUCGAUGCAUUGAAGCGUGGCAAUGGUAGCGACGGCACUACGGUGUCAUCUAAGCCAAAUGAUCCCAUCAAAGGAUUGGAAGCGGCACCAAAACGUGAACCUAUUGUUCAGGAUAAAUCGUCAAAUAAUGAUGAUAGUUUGUUCGGAGGAGAAACGGAUCGUAGUUUGGCUACCACUUCUGCUCCAGUAGCUGCGUCGCAAAAAAGUGUCCCCCGAGCGUCGCUUUUCGAUGAUCAACCUCCAUCGGACGAUGAUGAUGGUGGGCUUUUCGGUGGUGGGCGAACUAGUAUCGCAGGAAUUACAGCGAAACUUACCUCGGUGAAAGUAACCAACGGCCCAAAACCGCACAGCGAAACAGCUUCAUCAGCUGCAGUGAUAAAUUCGAACAAAACCAUCGAAAGCACUAAAGCCACCGCAGAAAGCGCAGCUGAAAAGGCCGAUAUCAUCCAAAGCAAUGAUGGUGCUACAAACAAUAAUAGCACAAAUCCAGUCUCGGAACGACGAGCCGAUCCUCUUGCGAGCGGCAGCGUCCGGAGUAUGAUCAUGAAAAAGGCGAUCUUUCACUCAGACUCGGAAAGUGAUGAACAAAAUGACUCGCUGUUUGGUUCAGAAUCGGCAAACGCAACUCUGCCCGCUGUACUCAGUACCAAGUCGGUGGCCGACAGUGGAAUUGAUUGUGAUACGACGACAACGAGUGCAGAAAAUCGAAUACGAAUUAUUGAUUCGGAAGAAACUCAAUCUUCGAAGGGGAAUCUUCCGCAAGCACCGAGUUUAACCAGUGCGGAAGAACCACAAAAAAAUAGUCCGCUUGACUUCGCCGCAGAAGGGCGUACAUCGUUCAACAGAGAACCGAAUGAUGCCGAACAAAAUACGAAUGCACUAAAUGGUGAAAUUUCCGUUAGUACGACAGUAGCUAAAGAUAUAACUGUAACGCAUGAUUCCAAUGAAGCUUUCGAGAAAUCCACCGUUUUAAAAACAUCUUUGUUUGAGGAUUGGUCUGAGGAGGAACGCAGUGACACCGAGGACAGGGUAAAAGAAAACCAGGAUGAAGUGGGACACGUGCAAUCAGAAGCGAAACAAUUCGAAGCAAGACCAUCAAAUCAUAAGCAGGCAACAGAACAUGAAAAUGUUUCGCCUAUCUCUAGUUCUUUGGUCGAUCCUGUUGCCAAUGAUGUGAUGUUCCCCGUUCAAGGCCACUCCCAAGAAGAGCCGCCGAAGAUGGAUGCAGACGAAAAUUCGUCUCCGUUAAUGAUUGCGAAUGAUAUUGAUUAUUAUUUGCGAACCAAUGAGCUUCCUGUCAGUGAAACGCGUGAUGCUUCGAACGCAUACGACGAGCCUACGACACCGCCACCGAGCGCACCAGCAAAGUCUGAACCAAAACGUGCCUUAAACUUCAGCCCCAUCGGUCUUUUCGAUGAUUUACCCCCACCGGAUGAUAUGGAUGGCUUGGAACAGAACGAAAAACAUUUUCCCUCCGCCACCGGCAACGAGUCGUCACUAUCUCUCGAGGAUGCGCCCACAUACGGUGAAUCACAGUCGAUGGAUUACACACCGAACGGAUCUAGUGCCAGCCAGCAGCGAUACAUGUUUGACAAUGAGCCUCCGCCGGAUGACGUGGACAACUAUCGAACUACGGGAGCCUCGGCAAGGCAGCUGUUUGAGGGAAAACUAACUUCGAACGAUUCCUCCGUGUCAUUGCCGCCGUUUCCGAGUGUGCGCGAACCAGAGAAGGCCGCUCGCCCAAAAGUGAACAAGUUAAACAGUAAGUUGUCCAUUAAUGUGGCGGCACUUCUUCCAGGCGCUCGUCGGCUACCGGUGACGACGGUGACGGAGAAAACGACCAGUUCGUCAUCAUCGCCAGAUCCGGGCGAGACAAAUAAGACCGAUCCAUCGCCGGCGCCUAGCUCCAGCAGUAAUUGUGCGCCAGAAAAGCUUUUAGUUAACCUUAACAAGGGACGUGCCCGUAUACCGGCAAAAAGGAAGCCACCAUCGAGAUCGAGUCUACGAGUGGGGAAUAGUUCAGACGAAGCAAAAGACACACAUUCCGAUGAUGCGCGGAUAGUGGUGGGUUCCGAGGGAAAAAUUGAACAUAUCGAGGCAGCAUUCCCUGCUGGUCCUUCUCCUGACGUGACGAUAAAACCCGCGGAACCAGCGAUGGAUCGUUUAAGAGCAAGUGCGCGCAAUACAGUCACCAAAACGGUUCUGCCGGUUGGAAAUGAAACUUCUGUAUCAAAGGGUUCCACCACCACCACCCGACCGAAGGAAGUAUCGGUUGUAUCGAAAUCGAUCUUCGGUGACAGCGAGGACGAUGAGGCGGAUGGUUUAUUUAGUAAACUACCAUCGAAAGCACCCCUCUCGGUAGCAUCGAAAGCCCGGUUAUCGCAGGCGGUAACUGGCACCGAAAACAUACGCAGCAUAUUCGGCAGCGACGACGAUGCAGGAUGCGACGUUGACGAAGACGAUCUGUUUGGCACGAAAAAAUCAUCCAAAUCCAGCGCGACUAUUGUUGGCCAGUUGAAAUCGUCGGUAUCAUCGAAUGUGCUUAAACCGGCGAAGGGGACAAAAAGCCUAUUCGGAGAUGACGGUAGUGACGCUGACGAUGAUGAUGAUUUGUUUGGUAGCAAACGUAACGCUUCCAUCCGGAAAGCCAGCGAUCCUCGACCGACGGUUCAAACUAACAAAUUUGAUGCUAAACCAGCCACGACGGCGUCCACCACACGCACGUUCACCAAAAGCACAUCGAUUGAUCCACUAGCAGAUUUGCUGGACUCCUAGGGACGCCUGGUGGAAACAAUCUUCAUCGUACGGCUGGUUUUCUAGCCACAUUCGGCUCUUGCUAUUGGUGCUGGUUUCCUAUACACCGCGAGAAGCUGCAUAAAGUCAGGAAGUGCAAUGAAUACCACAUACGAAAGGAGAAUGGAUCUGGUUUCGAGCGCGAUAUUACUAUGAAGUUUUGGAGAGAUUACCAAAAACAAUUUUUUGUGGCUACCAGUCGUUGCUGAAGAGUCCGUUCCUUAGGUGCGCCAUAAAGGAUGAGCACGAACAAAAUUAUAAAAUUCGAUAUUUUGUUAACAUUGCCGCUGCUUCGCUGCCACGGUUUGUUGUUAUCUAGUCACAGUAAAGCGUAAUUUGAUCGAUUCGGGAGUUAUAAAUUCGUUUUGCCGUUCCAUCAUCAUUAUAAUCAGUAUCAGACGAGUUUCGAGCUUCGCUGCACCGUAACUUUUUAUCUAAUUACAUUCCAUCAGUUUAUUUUUGCUUCGUUAUGAUUGGCGACCACUAGUGCUAUGAUUCCGUUUAAUAUAUUUUGCAAAGUAUUCCCCUUAUUUUGUUAACUUAGUGCGUUUUCCAUUUUGCUCCAUAAAUAUUGAGGCAUCGUUCUUUAUUAUUUUUGUGAACUAAAUUCCCACAUCCGACUGGUCGUCGGGAUAAUUGCGUGCAACCAUUAAUUAUUUAGACAGUCUAUUCACUUCACAAAAUAUUAGUUUCAACACACAAAUGUUUAUCACGAAUUUAUACCAUUUAACGAAAGAUUUUUCAGAAAUAUGUUUGAUAUUUGUUAUCACAAAAGAGUGUGUUGUUGGUAAUUAGGUAUAUACUGUUCCUUUAUAACGAAGAUUUUCUUGAUUUUCACUAGCAAAUGCAGCAUUACAGUUAGCCCAGAGAAUAAAUGUUUAAGCUGUAGUUUUAUUAGAUAAAUUGCAAAUGGAAAGCGCUAACGUAGGUGCAAGGAAGUUGUUAGUAAUGCGCAAAUGAAA